GGGGAGGACCUCAGCCCGGAGCCUCCUGGUCCCCGGGGGUCCCCUCUUACAUGCACCUGCCUGUGUUUCAUCUCCCUCCCCCUGUAACCAUUCUUCUGGUGGGGCUAUGUGGCGGGUGCGGCGAUGGACCGGGCGGGCACAGAACAGGUGGGUGCAGGCUGGGUGUCCGGCGCUGGGACACAAGUGCUCUGUGUGUAGGGUGGGCGGAAGUCAGGGCGUUUGAUCUGAAUUCUAAAGGGCGUUGUUCAGAGCCCCACAAAGGUCCCAUUGUGCAGACACUGGGUAUAAAGCAGCAUAUGACUCCCCAGCACCGGGCGGCGAUGAAUUGGGACGCAGGCGCGGACCCAGGGACCACUCCCUCUGCACAGACAUGAGACCAUAGGGGACCUGUCUGGGUGGCCUCUGGGAUAGGCGCUCCCCAAGGUGUGAAUGAGGCAGGAUGAACUGGACAGGUUUAUACACCUUGCUCAGUGGCGUUAACCGGCAUUCUACUGCCAUUGGCCGAGUAUGGCUCUCGGUCAUCUUCAUCUUCAGAAUCAUGGUGUUGGUGGUGGCUGCAGAGAGUGUGUGGGGUGACGAGAAAUCUUCCUUCAUCUGUAACACCCUCCAGCCUGGCUGCAACAGCGUCUGCUAUGACCACUUUUUCCCCAUUUCCCAUGUGCGUCUGUGGUCCUUGCAGCUCAUCUUAGUUUCCACUCCAGCUCUCCUCGUGGCCAUGCAUGUAGCGCACCAGCAGCACAUAGAGAAGAAAAUGCUGCGGCUUGAGGGCCACGGGGACCCCCUACACCUGGAGGAGGUGAAGAGGCACAAGGUCCACAUCUCAGGGACGCUGUGGUGGACCUAUGUCAUCAGCGUGGUGUUCCGGCUGCUGUUCGAGGCCGUCUUCAUGUACGUCUUUUAUCUGCUCUACCCUGGCUAUGCCAUGGUGCGGCUGGUCAAGUGUGAGGCCUACCCCUGCCCCAACACGGUGGACUGCUUCGUGUCCCGCCCGACCGAGAAAACCGUCUUCACUGUCUUCAUGCUAGCCGCCUCCGGCAUCUGCAUCAUCCUCAACGUGGCCGAGGUGGUGUACCUCAUCAUCCGGGCCUGCGCCCGCCGGGCCCAGCGCCGCUCCAAUCCGCCCUCCCGCAAGGGCUCAGGCUUCGGCCACCGCCUCUCACCUGAAUACAAGCAAAAUGAGAUCAACAAGCUGCUGAGCGAGCAGGAUGGCUCCCUGAAAGACAUACUGCGCCGCAGCCCCGGCACUGGGGCCGGGCUGGCUGAGAAGAGCGACCGCUGCUCGGCCUGCUGAUGCCACAUACCAGGCAACGUCCCAUCCCGCCCCUGCCCCUGCCCUGGAGAGCCCCUCCUUCUCCCCUGCCGGUGCACAGGCCUCUGCCUGCUAGGGAUUAUUCGAUCAAAACCUUCCUUCCCUCCCUACUUCCCUUCCUCCCAGGGCCUUCUGACUGAGGAGCUGGAGGGGUGGGGAGCCGGAGGCCACCGAAGCCAGUGCUCAAGGUCACUGAGGGUGUGGGCAGCUCUUGUUGCCUGUACCCCUUCCUCUUCCCUCUCCCUCUCCCUGGGGGCCACUGGGGACAAGAGGUGGGAUGCUCUGACAGCAUCUCCAAUUAUGAAACUAAUCUUAACCCCGUGCUGUCAGAUACCCUAUUUCUGGAGUCACAUCAGUGGGGAGGGAUGUGGGUAAGUGGAGUGGGGGGUGCUGUGGACAUGUGGGUGGAGAAGGGAGGGUGGCAAGCACAACAAAAGGAGGAACAGCCUUGCUGGCCACAAGGAAAAGGAGGAUAGGUGUGGGGUGAGGAGUUAGGGAGGGCAAAGCAGGCAGAAAAGUUGGAGUGGGGGUUGGUCAGGGCUGCCUCUGCCUCUACUCCCCAAGACCUCUCUCUGCCUGAAAUGUUACACAUUAAACAGGAUUUUACAGUAAAUGAA